AUGCCUGGGUCGAAUUGUGCGUUUUACGGUUGUUACACUAGUAGGAAAAGCAAAAUUUCGCGUUUCAAGAUCCCUGUAGUGUGCGCAGCCGAUAGUGACCACACAAAAGCUUUCAAGACAAAGGCUCGUCAAGAAUGGAUCGCAUUAAUCCUAAGGACCAGAGAAAUGACGCCCGAACUCAAACAACAAAUCGAUGCCAACAACAUUCACUUCUGCGAGCUCCAUUUCAAACCAGAAUGCUUUAAUAUUCGUAAGUAUCAUCAUUAUAAAUUCACGUUCAUGCGGUAUUUGAAUUUUUAAUAAAUUAACAUAUGUGUUAAUAGUUUAAAGAUAAAGAGCAGAGCCCAGCAAAUAACUUUAAAAAACCAAACAUAAUAAAAGUAAAAUUUUAAUUAGCUAACAUUUCGUUGUUUACAAUACAACAUUUUCAGAGCAAUCUAAAUACGUUAAUAGCAUAACAUGUCAAUGCCGUGUCCUAGGACCCCUGCAGCUAUAAGCCUACUAAGAAGUAUCAGAUCAUAUAUUGUCGUGUUAAAGACGUAUAUUACGGUUCAGUUUUUUUUUAUUUGCUUGUAUAAUGUUCAUUUUAGACCCUAAAAGGAAGACUUUAAUUUCUGGAAGUGUUCCUAGUGAAAAUCUACAAACUAGUAGCCACUCACCGGAAGAAACUCCUAGCAAAGUUGUAAAAGCACCAAGCUUGGAAAGUGUUAUUCAGCAGGUGCAAGAUAGCAUUCCUCCCUGGAAAUUAGAUAAUUCUCCUGACAAUGGUGUUAAACUAGAACUCUAUGAUGAUCUACAUAGCCUGCCUAAAUAUACUGUGCUAAUUCAUUCCUCUCUGGAGUUCACCGUUGCCGUAUAUAAUUGGCCGAUCAAAGAGGAUCAUCCUAUUUAUAAGGAACUAAAACGUUCAGUAAUGUAUCAUUCCAUGUGUGAACUGGUAAAUAUUAUUGAAGAGUCCUCAUUGUGUCAGGGUUUACCAGAGAUCUGUUGUAGAUCCUACUUCAAAAGUAACAACAUCUGGUACUGUUUCAUGCCACUCUAUUCCCAAAUCCAUAACAUCUGA